GAGGGGUGACAGCCUCGUUUCCACUUGGCGGGCCAACUCUAGACGCCAUAUUGUGGCCAAUGUUUGAAAGAUGUGAAUGUGGAAUAUUUAUACCUGUUGCCUCAAUAAUGCUUUUUGGUGAACUGAAAGCAACACGAAACGAUUUGUGGACGACUUAUCUAACAUUUAUUAAUUGUCCCAGUUGAAAAAUUCCUUCCUUUUUUGCAGGGAAGGCAUUCGUUGAAGUCUUCAAAGGUGUACAUUAAUUUGGAUGUGUGGAUGGAUGGCAUGCAAUAGGCCAUCUUGAUUGAUUUCAACAAUUACAAUUUCACAAGAUUAUCGUCGAGUGGCGACUCAUUCAAACUAUUGUGUGUUGCAUUUGGAUAGUGUAUAUAUCCAUCUACAUCUAUAUAUUUAUUAAUAUAUAUAGAUAUCAUUUACCUUCGUGGUUGUUUUAAUUUUUUUCUGACCUGUUUGAAGGAGUAUCGAAAUUUUGCGUGGAGUAUUGUCCAAAAUUGUUCAAAGGACAGCAGCAGCCGGUGAAAUUGCGUAUUCGGUCGCAAAACCUAGAAAAAUGCCGGCACCUAGCAGGGCACGAGUGUACGCAGAUGUGAACACGCACAGACCUCGAGAAUAUUGGGAUUACGAAUCCCAUGUUGUUGAGUGGGGACAACAAGAUGAUUACCAAACUGUACGGAAAUUAGGAAGAGGAAAAUACAGUGAAGUCUUUGAAGCAAUUAACAUUACAAACAAUGAAAAAUGUGUUAUAAAAGUAUUAAAACCAGUAAAAAAGAAGAAAAUAAAGAGAGAAAUUAAAAUUUUAGAAAAUUUACAAGGAGGAACCAAUAUUAUAACCCUUCUAACUAUUGUUAAAGAUCCAGUGUCCAGAAUACCAGCUCUUGUAUUUGAACAUGUGAACAACACAGACUUCAAGAUAUUAUAUCAAACUUUCACAGAUUAUGACAUCCGGUUCUAUAUGUUUGAACUAUUAAAGGCUCUAGAUUAUUGCCACAGUAUGGGGAUUAUGCAUAGAGAUGUUAAACCCCAUAAUGUUAUGAUUGACCAUGAAAACAGAAAGGAAACCAAUGUUUAUUUACAGCUCCGUCUUAUUGAUUGGGGUUUGGCAGAGUUCUACCAUCCUGGAAUGGAAUACAAUGUAAGAGUUGCAUCUAGGUAUUUCAAAGGUCCUGAACUUCUAUUGGAUUAUCAGAUGUAUGAUUAUUCUUUGGAUAUGUGGAGUUUAGGUUGCAUGUUUGCCAGUAUGAUAUUCAGAAAAGAGCCGUUCUUUCAUGGUCAUGAUAAUUAUGAUCAGCUGGUUCGCAUUGCCAAGGUUUUAGGAACAGAUGACCUUUAUGGAUACAUAAACAAAUAUCAAAUUGAUUUGGAUCCUAGGUUCAAUGAUAUUUUAGGAAGGCUUGUGCAAAGAGGCCAAGGUGUUCAAGUUCAAGUCUACAUUAGCCUUGAACUACAUUCAAAAAAGCGAUGGGAAAGAUUUGUACAUGGUGACAAUCAACAUUUGGUUAGCCCUGAAGCUUUAGAUUUCUUGGAUAAACUUCUUCGAUAUGAUCACCAAGAAAGGUUAACAGCAAGAGAAGCUAUGGAACACCCUUACUUCUAUCCCAUUGUUAAAGAACAGGGGAGGACGUCCUCAAUGUCUGGUCAUACAUCUCCUACGCCUAUCAAUAACUCAUCACAAAUAGGAGGAUCAGGAGUCAAUAAUACAGCUGGUAUGCCAAGCUCUCCUGUUGUAUCUUCUAAUAUAUCUCCUAUCCAGAACAGUUCUGCUAAUGCUGCACAGACAUAAGUAUGAAUGUGGAGCGUGCGUGAGGAGUCGUCUAGUGCUGUCAUGGCUACAGCUGGGAAGAGGCGACUGGCUCGGCUGGCUACUACGACCUAUUGCAGGUUGUUGCUCACAUAGUAAUACUACUACUACUACAUCAACAGCUGGAGAUCUGAUGAGGCUGGCGAUGACCAUUUAUUCCUGGAUUUACAUAGACUGAGUUCAAUUUAAACCACUGAGAAAGUAAAACAGUUGGCGGAAAGUCCUUCGUUGAACACAACUUAUAUAUUUUUUUUCCUCUUCAAAUCCUUAUCGGAAAAUAGAGGCAGACAUUUUUACUGGUGUGUGGCUGGGUGGGGGUCCAAAUUUAUCCGGAAGAAGAAAAAAGGAGGAAAAAAAGUAAAACAUUCAUUCUUAAGGAGGGCUUGAAAAUUAUCAUUGAUAACAACUACAACAAAGCAAAAAUACAAAAGAAAACACCUUAGUGAACUAAAAAAAAUAAAACAAUAAAACAUUGCAUAAAAUGCCCCUUCCCUCAUCCUUCCAAAAGAGGGGGGAAUCCUCCAAAGAAAAAACAAACUAUUUAAGAAAAUUGCUCCCCCCUCUCCUCUCUCUCUCUCUUUAUAAUAUAUAAACAGGAGAAAUAAUAGUUAGCAAUGAUAGACAAGUGAAGCUGCUUGGCUACAGUUGAUCCCUAGUUGAAAAAAUAUAUAUUUAAAAAAAAUAUAUACAUGCUUCCUACAUAUUUCCCCCCCAUCUCAUUUUUUCUUUUUACUAUUGCUAUUCUAAGGAAAACUAUUCAAAAGAACUGACCCUUCUUCACCUCCUGCAAUGAAAAAUAAUCUUUAAGCCCACUAUGAUAAUAAUAAUAAUAAUAAUAAUAAUGUGCUGUCUUUAAUAAUAUGGAUGCUCUUCUCACUCACUCACUCACUGACUGACUGCUUAUCUCAUCUUAAGCUGCUGCUAUCAAUAAUCUAUGAAAUUUUGUGACUGUUGCCAGUUUUGACCGAUUGCUUAUCUGUCGGUUCCCCUUUUGUGCCCUCUCUUUUCCUUUCAUGCAUCUCUUUCUUCACCUCUUUUCUCUUCCAUACCUGUUUCAUAAAACCAUUCAAGUUUUCACAUUCCCAUACCCUCUUAACAACUUUUAAUAAGAUAGCAAAGUUAUUUUGCAAUGGUAAAAA